ACAGUGCUGCUCAGCCCGGCCGUCGUCAGGAUCUGCCUUCUCCUGGACUCCCGAAGGAGCACGUGUGUCUUCAUGUUGAGCCUUGUGUUUGUCUUGUUCCUGACCGCGUCAGCUUGCCCUUCCCCUGCAGCCCGGUCCAGCUCUGUGAGCGAUGCUGAAGGAAGACUCCUUCCAAGGCUGGACUGGAGCACCCUGAUCCCACCCUGGCUUCGACAUCGGCGGCUGGGGCUGCAGGCCAAGGGCCAGGACUUUGUGCUGGAGGACACCACCUUCCGGAUCUUCGGAGGCUCCAUACACUAUUUCCGUGUGCCCAGGGCAUACUGGAGGGACCGCUUGCUCAAGAUGAAAGCCUGUGGCUUGAAUACCCUCACCACCUAUGUCCCGUGGAACCUCCAUGAGCCAGAAAGAGGCAAAUUCGACUUCUCCGGGAACCUCGACCUGGAGGCCUUUGUCCUGUUGGCUGCAGAGAUCGGGCUGUGGGUGAUUCUGCGCCCAGGCCCCUACAUCUGUGCUGAGAUCGACCUUGGGGGCCUGCCCAGCUGGCUGCUCCAAGAUCCUGGCAUGAAGCUGAGAACAACUUACCAGGGCUUCACGGAGGCUGUGGACCUUUACUUUGAUCACCUGAUGUCCCGUGUGGUGCCACUCCAGUACAAGCGCGGCGGGCCCAUUAUUGCUGUGCAGGUGGAGAAUGAAUACGGUUCCUACAACAGAGACCCCGCUUACAUGCCUUAUGUCAAGAAGGCCUUGGAGGACCGAGGAAUCGUAGAACUGCUUUUGACCUCAGACAACAAGGACGGCUUGCAGAAGGGAGUGGUCCGUGGAGUGCUGGCCACCAUCAACCUGCAGUCACAGCAGGAGCUACAGGCACUGACCACCUCCCUCCUAAAUAUCCAGGGGAAUCAGCCCAAGAUGGUGAUGGAGUACUGGACAGGGUGGUUUGACUCAUGGGGAAGCCCGCACAAUAUCUUGGACUCCUCUGAGGUUUUGGAAAUGGUAACUGCCAUCACCAAUGCUGGCUUCUCCAUCAACCUCUACAUGUUCCAUGGGGGCACCAAUUUUGGCUUCAUAAAUGGGGCCAUGCAUUUCAAUGAAUAUAAGUCUGACGUCACCAGCUACGACUAUGAUGCGGUGCUGACAGAGGCUGGCGAUUACACAGCCAAGUAUGGCAAGCUCCACGACUUCUUUGGCUCCCUCUCAGAUGCCCCCCUUUCUCCCCCACCUGACCCUCUCCCCAAGAUGGCCUAUGAGCCAAUGGCACCGUCUUUCUACCUGUCAUUAUGGGAUGCCCUCAAGUAUAUGGAGCCCAUCAAGUCUGAAAAGCCCAUCAACAUGGAGAACCUGCCAGUAAAUGAUGGGAAUGGACAGGCCUUUGGGUACACUCUGUAUGAGACCACUAUCACCUCGUCAGGUGUCCUUCAUGGUUGUGUGCAUGAUCGGGGCCAGGUAUUUGUGAACACAGUGUCCAUCGGAUUCUUGGACUAUCAAACGACAGAGAUUGUUAUCCCCUUGAUCCAGGGUUACACUGUGUUGAGGAUCUUGGUGGAGAACCGUGGGCGAGUCAACUACGGGAGUAAUAUUGAUGAUCAGCGUAAAGGUUUAAUUGGAAAUCUCUAUUUGAAUCACUCUCCCCUGAAAAACUUCAGAAUCUACAGCCUGGAUAUGAAAAAGAGCUUCUUUCAGAGGUUCAGCACUGACAAGUGGACUACUGUCCCUGAAGCACCUACGCUCCCUGCUUUCUUCUUGGGUGUCCUGUCUGUUUUCUCUUCCCCUUCUGACACAUUCCUGAAGCUGGAGGGUUGGGAGAAGGGGGUUGUGUUCGUCAAUGGCCAGAACCUUGGACGAUACUGGAACAUCGGACCCCAGCAGACUCUCUACCUCCCAGGGGCCUGGCUGAAUGCAGGGUCCAACCAGGUCAUUGUUUUCGAGGAGUCCACGGCAGGUCCUGUGGUGCAGCCCACCGACACCCCCCAUCUGGGAAGGAACCAGUACAUUCACUGAUCAGACCCCGUGCAUCCUGCCUGGGCUUGCUGCCUCUGCCUCCCUGCAGGGGUGUCCUUAAGAAGCAACCUCAGGGAACCAGGGGCCACGAUCGGCCCUUGAUCUGAAACCCUGCAUCUGGAGGUUCUGAGGAGCACGGUGGAAUGGCACAGGGACCCCUGUCCCUAGAGGGCUCCUCAGCCUGGCUUUGUGGCUGGUGCUUAGUACUUCCUUGCCCUCAUAGCAAAGGUCUCAGGGACAACUCUGAGGGCUGGGAGUGUUUAGUCAGAUGCCAGUGAUGAGUGCUGGGCCCCAGACAGGGUGCUGAAGCAGGGGCGCCACCCCGUUCUGGAGUUGAGGCCCUGUUGGUCAGUCUGCUGGACACAGGCAUGCUCUCAGUGUCCAGGGCUAUGGUUGCACCUCACACAGCCCCUUUCUGUUCCUGAGGCUGUAGGUUUGCUGCCAUCUCUAGAGGGGAGGGAAGGAGUCGCACCUGAAUUGACUUUGCUUUCUCUCCUGCACCCUUCCUGAGCUGCCUCCACUGGAGAAACAGCAUCUUCUCUCUUUCAUUCCUACAGUCUCUGCAUCUGAGAGGAUGACAGAGGAUGACUAAACUUAAGAGAAACAGAAGUAACUGCCCACUCUCCUAAGUUAGAAAUUAUUUCAAGUUGUACUCGAUGAGAAGAGUCCUUUGAAGAGAAACGUGGAUCCUAGCAGAAAGCACACCCCACACCUGGACUCCAGGCAGGAAAUGCAGAGGUCUAGCUGAGUGGCACUGGGCAGUGGCCUCCGGAGCAUAUCAGGGCAGCCAGAGGUGUACAGGUCUAGCCCAGGUGUUGUCCUUAGCUUGGUGUGUCCCCUGCCCUGGUGAUGAGGUUACAGAAGGAAGGUGACCUCUUCGUGCCGCUGUCUCCAUGUCCAGAUUGGUGGCUUUUUCUCUCAGAUUCGGUCUGAUGGUUUGCUCAGGUUCAUUGUCCUGAAUCGCAAUAAAGCAAUAGAGAUGAAAC